UACUUUAAUAGAAGCUUUGCACGUUGGUAGAACUAAUUGAAACUGGGAAAUUCGACACAAGGGCAUAUCAUAACAUGGCACCUGUAGAUGUUGGAAAGGUCAGCUCAAAUGUAUUAAAAAAUGCCGCGUCUGGAGAGCAAGUGGAGCUGGGUUCCCUGUGGAAGGAUCAGGCCGUGGUGAUGUUCUUUCUGCGGCGGUUCGGGUGUCAGAUCUGCAGGUGGAUGGCCACGGAGGUCAGCAAGCUGGAGCCCAGCCUGAAGGCCAAUGGGGUGGCCCUGGUCGGGGUCGGGCCUGAGGAGCUGGGGUUGGAAGAGUUCAAGACAGGAGGAUUCUUCAAGGGAGAUGUGUACAUUGAUGAGAAGAAAAAAAGCUACAAGGAUCUGGGUUUUAAAAGGUACAAUGCACUGAGUGUAGUUCCUGCAGCCAUGGGGAAGAAAGUGCGAGAUAUCGCCUCCAAGGCAAGUGCUGAUGGUAUCCAGGGGAACUUCUCGGGUGAUCUGCUUCAGAGUGGCGGCAUGCUGAUUGUGUCAAAAGGUGGUGAGAAGGUCCUGCUGCACUUCAUCCAGGACUCUCCAGGAGACCACGUGGCCCUGGAGGACAUCGCCAAGGCCCUGGACAUCUCCACCACCGCACAGGCUGGCCAGAGGCCUCAGUGCAACGAUGACGUCUGCACAAGAUAGAUGGCCUAUACUGACACCAAGAUGCCGACACCACCAGCACAACCCAAAGUAACAUGUAAUACUGACAUCAUGGAUUGACAAGAUUUUAUGAGGGAAAGAGUUAUAAUGAUGUCAUUGAAAUAAUUGUAUGAUAAUUUAAAUGUUUGCCAUUUAAAUUGUACAUGUGUUUUGUAUUCUGAAUCAUUUAUUUAAGAAGAACAGAGAAGUGUUUUAUGUGUCCUGCAGUGUUUCUCAAAGUGGGGCGGAAGCCCCCCUAGAGGGGCGCGGAGGUAUUGGAGGGGGGGCGCGUGAAGUCUGAAGGUUUUUCUUUUUUAAUACUUUUCUGCUUUGCCAUUAAGUCAACACAUUCACUUUACAAUCACAAUAUAUUCAUUAAUUUAUUCACUAAUAUUUAGAGAACAUCAUAGGCCAUAUACGUGUAUAUUAGGCUCUAAUAAACUUUACGAAGACCUAUUUAUUUGUAUUUUCGUCUGAAGGGGGCAAUGGCGGGAGAAGUUUGAGAAACACUGGUGUACUGUAUGUGUGUGAUUUACUAAAACAAUGAAUUCAAAUGAAUGACAAGUAAUGUUUGAUGUUUACCAACACAUAUUUACUGUCUGGACCAAAACACUGAAUGUUUUUUUUUAUAACUUCUGUGAAAGCACUGUUGUGACGAAGUACUAUUUUACAACUAAAAUCUACAAUAAAUGUAAAUAUAAAAGC